GUGGAAUAUCAUGGGGCUGCCAGCCGACGCCUUCUCGACCGAGAACGGCCUCUUUGCGACCAUGGGCCGCCGCUGGCCGCUCAUGAUUGACCCGCAAGGCCUAGCCAACAAGUGGAUCAAAAACAUGUACAAGACGAGCAACCUCCAGAUCAUCAAGCUGUCCGAGAAAGACUUUUUGCGCACGUUGGAGAACGCGAUUCGAUACGGCAUGCCCGUCUUGCUCGAGAACGUCGAGGAGGAGCUCGACCCGAGCUUGGAACCGGUCUUGCUCAAGCAAGUGUUCAAGCGGUCCGGUCAAAACUUGCUGCAUUUGGGCGACGCCGACAUUCCGUACUCGGAUGCCUUUCGGCUGUACAUCACGACCAAGCUCGCCAACCCGCAUUACAUGCCCGAGGUGUGCAUCAAAGUGACGGUCAUCAACUUUACCGUCACGCUCACGGGGCUCGAAGACCAGCUGCUUGUCGACGUUGUCCGCAACGAGCGCCCCGACUUGGAGCAAAAGAAGGACGAACUCACGGUCGCGAUUGCAAGCGACAAGAAGGCGCUGAAAGAAAUCGAAGACAAGAUUUUGUACAUGCUCGAGAAUUCCAAAGGCAACAUUCUGGACGACGAAGAGCUCAUCGAUACGCUUGCGCACUCGAAAGUGACGUCGAGUGCGAUCAAGACGCGCAUGUCGGAGGCGGAAGUCACGUCCAAAGAAAUCAACACGACGCGCGAAGGCUACCGCUGCGUCGCGGUCCGCGGCUCGAUCAUCUACUUUGUGAUUGCAAACCUCGCGCUCGUGGACCCGAUGUACCAGUACUCGCUGCAGUACUACCAAAAACUGUUUGUGAUGCGGCUCGAAGCAAGCACCAAGUCGGACGUGCUCUCGGAGCGGCUCGAGAUUCUCAUGAACGAUGUGACCAUGUCCAUGUACGUGAACGUCUGCCGCGGCCUCUUUGAGAAGGACAAGGUGAUCUUUGCCUUCAUGAUUGUGGCGUCGAUUCUCCGCCAGCGCCACGCGAUCUCGGCGGCCGAGUGGAACUUUUACCUCAUUGGCGCCAAACGGACACACCCGCUUGACGCACGUUUGAAACCGUCGUGGGUCCCCGAACGCGUGUGGAUCGGUCUCGAGACGCUGCUCGAAGUCAAUCCCGAGGCGUUUGGCCCGGUGAUCCCGUCGCUCACGGACUUCACGACAUCGUGGAAAGAGUCGAUCUUGUACUCGGAGCUGCCGCACCAAGAGCCGAUUCCCGGCAGUCUCAACGAAUCGCUCACGAAUUUUCAAAAGCUUUUGCUGCUCCGCGUCUUUCGCGAAGAAAUGCUGGUCUUUGGCACGCGCGAGUUUGUCGGGCGCGAAGCCGGCGCGUUCUUCACCGAGUCGCCGCCGUUCGACUUGAAGGGCUGCUACACGGACUCGGCGCCAGACAUUCCGCUCAUCUUUGUGCUUAGCCCGGGUGCCGACAUCACCGACUACCUCCUCGAGCUUGCAAAAGCCGAAGGCAAAGAUGGGGCAGGGCUCAAGAUCAUUUCGCUUGGCCAAGGGCAAGGGCCGAUCGCCGAGGCCUUGAUGAAGCAAGCGCGCGAGACGGGCGAGUGGGUCUGCCUUCAAAACUGCCACCUCGCCGUGAGCUGGCUCGGCAAGCUCGAGCAGAUCCUCGAGAAAAGCAAGGAGGUCGAGCUCCACAGCGAAUUUCGCCUCUGGCUCACGAGCAUGCCCAGCUCGAAAUUCCCCGUCCCGAUUCUACAAAAUGGCAUCAAGAUCACGAACGAGCCGCCAAAAGGCAUGCGCGCGAACCUCGGCCGCACGUUCCUCGACAUGAAAGAGACCGAUUACGAAGGCUGCACGAAGCCGCGCGAGUACAAAAAGUUCAUUUUUGCCCUCGCCUUUUACAACGCGCUAUGCCUGGAGCGCCGCAAGUUUGGCGCGGUCGGCUGGAACAUCCCCUACGAAUGGAUGAACUCGGACCUGAAGACAGGCAUGCAGCAAGUGAAACUCUACCUCGAGGAGCAAGACGAAGUGCCCUUCAUUACGCUCAACGUCAUGGUCGCCGACAUCACGUACGGCGGCCGCAUCACCGAUCGCUGGGACAAGCGCACGAACUCGUCGCUCAUGCGCAAGCUCUUUCACGACGAGCUCCUCGAUGACAACUACAAGUUUGCCUCGUCGGCGACCUACUUUGCACCGGCGACGGGGUCGCUCGACGAGUGCCGACGGUAUGUCUCGUCGCUGCCCAACGUCGACGCGCCCGACAUCUUUGGUCUCCACGCCAACGCCGACAUUACGUUCCAGCAAAAGGAGACGAGCAUGCUUCUCUCGACCAUGCUGUGCAUGCUCGGAGGCGGUGGCGGCGGCGGCGGCGAAGCCAGCGUGAGCGACGACCUGGUCAUGGAGCUCGUGCUUGCGAUCCAAGGCCGCAUUCCGGACGCGUUCGACGAAGCGUCGGCGCACGCUGAGACUUUUAAAGAGACCUCUGGCAGCCGCAACUCGCUCGGCGUCUUUCUCGGCCAAGAGCUCAUUCGCUUCAACGGACUCAUGCACGUCAUGAAGAGCACGCUCGAGAGUCUCAAGCGCGCCAUCAAGGGUCUCGUCGUCAUGUCCGGGCCGCUCGAACGUAUGUACAGCGGAUUUCUUCUCCAAAAGAUCCCGAAAGAGUGGGAGGACGCCGGGUAUCCGUGCCUCAAGCCGCUCUCGUCGUGGACCGAGGAUUUUUUCCGACGCCUCGACGUCCUCGGCGAUUGGCUCGUGCACGGCCCGCCCGUGAGCUACUGGCUGCCCGGCUUCUUCUUUCCGCAAGGGUUCAUGACCGGCGUCAAGCAAGUGUUUUCACGCGAGCACAAGAUUGCGAUCGACGCGCUCAUCGUCACGUGCGAGGUGCUCGGGUAUGACCCGGAAGGGGCGAAGGCGCCACCGCCCUUUGGCGUGUAUAUUUACGGCCUCUUCAUGGAAGGCGCGUGCUUUGACCGCAACACGAUGCAAAUCGGCGAGUCCAAACCUGGCGAGCUCUUUGAUAAGAUGCCCAUCAUCUGGCUCAAGCCCACGCGGAGCGUCGAGUACAAGCCAAAGGACGCGUACGAGUGUCCGCUGUACAAGACGUCGACUCGCGCCGGCACGCUCUCAACCACGGGUCACUCGACCAACUUUGUCGUCGCCCUCGACAUUCCGAGCGAGAAGAGCCAAGACCAUUGGAUCCGACGCGGCUGCGCGAUGCUGUGCAUGCUCGACACCUAAUCCUUGUAGAUAAUACAUAUAGAGUGCGAUGAAUGCGAGGAACUAUAUACCGA